AUGGGCCCCUGUACCGCCUCCUCAUGCUGCUGCCAGGCCCGUAAUCUGCCAUGGGCCCCCGUACCGACUCCUCAUGCUGCUGCCAGGCCCGUAAUCUGUCAUGGGCCCCUGUACUGCCUCCUCAUGCUGCUGCCAGGUCCAGAGUGUGUCAUGGGUCCCUGUACGGCCUCCCAUUGCUGCUGUCUCCAUCGCCACACUCUGCCAUGUGCCACUUUCAGGUCUCCUCACACUGCUGGUGGGUUCCAUUUUUUCAUAGGGUGCUGUAUGGCCUCCCAUUGCUGCUGCCUCCACCGCCACACUGUGGCUCCACACUCUGGUUUUGGCCCCGUGACUGCCCAAAUGAGUGAAGUGUGCGGUGAUUCUAAGAUCGACGGCACUCAUCUGCAUGUCAUACUGACUGACAGUAUUAUUUCUCUUCCCCAGCAGACUCCAAGGGCAUUUAAAUUAAAGGUACAGUGUUCUGCACUAAUAUAA